CUCCGAGCCGAAUAAGAUACGGAGCAGAAGAUGCUAAAAUGACCACUUGGGCCUGAAAGAGAAGACAGGGAGGGGACAGUGCUGGUUUUGUGUGUGAGCGCGCGCGCGCGGGCUUCUCCCUAAAGCGGGGAAGGGGAUGAGGGGGUAUUUUCACCACCCCGCUUUCCUUUUGGCACCUUCCCUUUCUUGCCCAAAGCGCUAGUGCCCGGUCUCUGUCCUUCCUCCCUUUACCCACGUUUGCGUUUCAUCCUCGUUCCCCUCAACCCCCCCCCCGCCCCUCCGGUGCCUGCCAACUCCGUUAACGGGGUCUCUUUACUGUGGAAGAUGGCGACACCAGGGAUGAGCUGGCAGCAGCACUAUUACAGCGGCAGUUCUUCGACCAGCACUGGGAAAUUCAACACCAGCUCUUCUUCCUCUGUGAUGUCCUCCCAUUUCGGCAUGGAAUAUAACCAGGAUCUUCAUCUCAAAAUGAGCAAGAAAAUAGCUCAGUUAACCAAGGUAAUAUAUGCUUUGAACACAAAAAAUGAUGAACAUGAAGCUGCUAUGCAAGCUCUCAAGGAUGCUCACGAAGAAGAAAUUCAACAAAUUCUUGCAGAAACCAGAGAAAAGAUUUUGCAAUAUAAGAGUAAAGUUUCUGAAGAAAUGGAUCUAAAAAGAAAAAUCCAGGUUUUAGAAGAAUCAUUAGAAGAUCACAAAAAGAUGAAGCAUCAAGCCGUAACUGAAUUUGAGGCUUAUAAGGAUAGAGUUGAGGAUAUGCAACUCUGUGCAGAAGCUCAGCAUGUCCAACGGGUUGUAACUAUGUCACGUGAAGUGGAAGAAAUUAGAAAGAAAUUUGAGGAAAGAUUACGAAGUUUUAUACAGCUGCAGUUACAGUUUGAGAAGGAUAAACAUUCAGCUCUUGAAGAUCUGAAAGCUGCACAUAGACUUGAGGUCCAAGACCUUAUGAAGACACAUCAAAAUCAAAAUGUUACUUUAAGCAAAGGUCAGGAAAAAAUGGAAGAAUUGCACAGGCAGGAUGUUGGACAGUUGAAUGUUAAAAUAGAAGAGCUAAGAAUAGAAAGAAAAAAGCUUAUUGAGGACUAUGAAGGUAAACUCAGCAAAGCUCAAUCUUUCUAUGAACAUGAACUGGAUACUAUGAAAAGAUCACAAUUGUUUACAGCUGAAAGCCUGAAAUCUUGCAAAGAAAAGGAAGUGGAGCUAAGAAAGGAAUUUCAGAGUCAAGAAUCAGUUAUACGAAAAAAUCUGGGGAAGCUUAAAACUGAGUUGCAAAUGGCUCAGGAUGAAGCAGGGGCUCUUCGAGAAAAAUGCCAGAAGCUUCAAGUGGCUCUAAGUACCUCAGAAAACAGUGCACAGGCUCUUCAAAAACAACUAGAUGAUGUCAAAGAGGAGGAAAUGUCAUUGUUAAGCAAACAUAAAGAGGUUGAAAUUGAGUUAGCAGCUACAAGAGAACGCUUACAACAACAAGCCACAGACCUAGUGCUAAAAGCUAGUCAUGUUGGAAUGCUUCAAGCUACUCAAAUGACCCAGGAAGUUACAAUAUCUGAUUUGGAAUCAGAAAAAUCUAGAUUAAAGGAGAAAUUGUCUCAAUUGGAAGAGGAAAGAAAUGUGUUACACAGUAAAACACAAAGUCUGGAUGAAAGACAAAGGCAGCAACUUCUUACAUUGGAGAAGAGAGUAAAUGAAGCAAGGGAAACACAACGAGAAUAUUAUGAAAAGGAGAUAAUGAAAUUGCAAGUCAAACUAGAAGGAGAGACUACGCAGAUAAAAGAAGCUCAUUCCAAGGCUUUGGAGGAGUUGGCAUGGAAACAUAAUACUGCUCUUGAAGCAGCACAUAACAAUGCUAAUAAGGAAAAAAAGAAAUUGCAAAUGGAGCUGGAGCAGCAAUUUGAGAAAGAGAAACAACGUUUUGAAGAUGAGAAGAAUCAGCUUCGACAGCAGUUGGAAAGCCUAAAGGAAGAACUGACAACCAAAUUGACUUCCUCCAAUCACGAGGUGGAGCAUCUACAGGAUGUCUUAAAAAAAAGUGAGCAGGGCCUUAGUACUGCAGAAGGGCACAUUUCUAGCCUCCAAGAAACCCAAGAAAUAUUGCAAAAGGAAUUAGAACUAACCCAGGCAAAACUAAGAGAAACCGCUGACUCCUUGUAUAAUGUUGAGGGGGAAUUAAAUCAGGAGAGACAGCAUCAUGAAGCAAUGAUUGUAACCAUGAGGGAAGAGGAAAAAUUAAAACUCGAUAGAAUGGCUCGUGACCUGGAAAUAAAAUGGACAGAAAAUCUUCGGCAGGAAUGUACAAAGCUUAGAGAAGAAUUGAGACUUCAGCAUGAAGAAGAUAAAAAGUCAGCAAUGACACAACUCUUGCAAUUAAAGGAGAGAGAAAAAAAUGCCGCCAGAGAUAGCUGGCAGAAAAAAGUAGAAGAUCUUUUGGAUCAGCGGCACUAUCUUGGUGAAGCUUUGCAUAAAUCUAUCAGCAAUAUCACUCUGCUAAAGCAAAACCUAGAAAUGCAACUUUCACAGUCUCAGAACACAAUGCAACAAUUGCAGGCACAGUUUAGUCAAGAGCAGCAGAGACUGACUCAAGAAAUUGAAGAACUGGAGGAAGAGCAUCAGCAGAGACAUAAGUCCAUGAAAGAAGCACAUAUCCUUGCCUUUCAGAGCAUGGAAGAAACAAAAGAACAAGAGCAAAAGGAACUUGAGGAACACUUGCAACAGAAGUAUUCAGAAGAACUUCAAGCACUGAAAGAUGCACACAGACAAGCGAUGGAUGUUUUCAAAAUAGAAAUGGAGCAGGAAGUGCAGACUCUUCGCUUUGAAUUGGAAGACGAAGGGAAAGCAAUGCUUGCUUCUUUGCGCUCUGAACUGAAUCACCAACAUGCUGCAGCAAUUGAUCAUCUCAGGCACAAUCAUCAGCAAGAAGUAGCAGCAGCUAAAAUGGAACUUGAAAGAAGCAUAGAACUCAGCAGGCAUCAGGAGAAAGAAUUUAUGUGCCGAAUAUCAGAUGUACAGGAUGACCUGAGGCAUCGAGACCACCAUAUAUCAGAAUUGGAUAAGGAAAUACUUGCUUUGCAUGAGAACAUAAGUGCAUUAACUAAGGAACUGGAGUUCAAAGGGAAGGAAAUUCUACGAAUACGUAGCGAAUCUAAUCAGCAAAUUAGGCUACAUGAACAAGAUUUAAGCAAGAAACAUGAGAAAAAGUUGGAUGUCAUGACAGCUGACCACAUCAGAGAGAAACAAAGUAUGCUGGCAGAUUUUAAUAAAACCCAAGAGCUGCUCAAGGAAAUUAAUUCAGCUUUGCAAGUUUCGACUGAACAUCACACUAAAGAUGCUUGGUAAGCCUCUUAUUUUAUUUUUGUGCCUCUGGUUAAAUUGAUGCAAUAUUUUUAAAACUAAUAACUCCCAUAUUACAUAAUGUUGUAUAUAUUAAUGGUUUUAAUUAACUGUGUCUUCCCACAACAUCUAUGUCACCGUAUGAUCCUUAUAUUUCUGUGUUUCAUGUUUCUCUUUGUAAAGUCAAUUUCAUUAUACUGAAGCUAUGUCUUCUAAUUAAGUUUCCAGUUUACUUUCCCAGUUAUAAAGCACUGUUUUAUCUUAAAAUAGUCUACACUCUCAUUUCUUUUUGGAUACUUUUAUUAUUGGAGAAAAAUAUGUCUUUGGGAGGGAAAUGCAACUAAGGACCUUUUAAAAUUCUCAAGCGUUAUGGUUACUGACUAAUAAUUAUUGGCUAUCUUUACAGUGCAAGGACAUAAUAGAUUGUAAACUCUUGCCCAGCUCUUAUUCAUCUGAGUCUGAAUCUUAGAGAAUAAUGUACAAGCAAAGUUAAAUAGCUGUUUGUAUAGAUAUGCUUUUUUAAAAAUGGUAAGAUUCCAUUUGUAAUGAAAUUUGAACUGACAAACUGCCUGAAAUAAUACUGUUUUCUAUUUAAGUUUUGCUUCUUGUAAUAAAGAAGCGUAGAGAUUUCUGUAAGAAGAAUAGUCUAAACUAGCGGUCCCCAACCUUUUUAGUUCUGCAGACUAGCAGCGUUAGAGGUGAGGGGAGAGGGGAUGGUUUUCUGUGUGUGCCUGUGGCUUGGGCAAAUGGAGCUUCGUGCACUCACACACUUGCCUGUCGCUUGCAUAUCCCAAGGGUUGGGGAAUCUGGUCUAAACUGCCUCUUCAGGAGAGGAUAGAAGAUUUUGUUCAAUAUAAUAAUAUUUAUCAUAAAAUAUAAUGAAAUCAAAAUUAGUUUUACUAUAUAAUAACCCAAUCUUAAAGCAGUAACUUUGGAGACAUGACCACAAAUAAAAGCUGAAAAUUUUAAGGUAUAAAAAUAUUUCAUAAAAGUUUUUAAACUUUCCAAAUAUAGUCUGUCUGUAAUUAGGGAAUAAAAGAGUUAUGUUACUAUAUGAGCCUGGCUGAUAGAAAAUAUGCUAUGUAGUAGUGACCUGAAGAUGUUCUAGGAUUAAGCUUUAGAAGAUAGUGUUAACAACUUUUAUGAAUUCUGGUAAUCAUCAGAAAACCUGAUUAAAGUUAUGAAGAACUUUUAAAACCAAAGCAGAUUUUCAAAUUUAUGUAUAGUAAGAAAAAGGCAAUUGGUAUAUUUAAUAUAUAUUUAGCAUAAUACAAUCUGAACAUCUCUUGCAUACUCUGGAAUUCAACUGGAAUUCAUAAAUUGACACUAAUCGAGCCAGAUACAGUAUUCUAAACUAUCUUCCAAUUGGGCCACAGAGCAAGUUGGCAAAAGGUCUUCUUCAGCUAUUAAAAUCAUUUGAGAGGAUAAAAUCCAGCUUUCAGAAUAUAUACCCUCUUCAUUUAUAUGGCCUCCCAUCUUUCAACCAACUCUGGGCAGCUACCAAUUAAAAAUUAAAAUACAUAUAAAAUCAUUUUAAAACUAUAAAACUCAGCCGAUUAAAACAUUAAAAGCAACAAAAACUUGACACCAAUCAGUUCUAAUGUGUGUCCAGGCACUUAGGGGGAAACCUGAACUCUAUCUAUCUAUCUAUCUAUCUAUCUAUCUAUCUAUCUAUCUAUCUAUCUAUCUAUCUAUCUAUCUAUCAUAUAUAUCAUAUAUAUAAAAACUCCAUCAGAAAACUGGUUCUUCAACUGCCUCCAGAACCAACGCACCUAAUCAUAUGAAUCCAUCAUAUCAGCAUAUAGCUUCAGUUUGUUCGAUGUUUACCCUUGUCUGUUAGAAUCCAUAUAAAAGUCCAAAACCAGAAAGCAAUCUGAAAGGUUAAUUCAAAACUUAUUAAUCUUUCUACAAAUUCAAGGGUCUGUUUUUUGGCCUUUCAGUAUUUUUCUGUAAAUUAUUUUUUUCCAUUCACUCCUUUAAUGCUUCUUCACUGUCUUUUUAGAACUUUUCUGCAAUUUUCUUAAUUUCUGCUUUCAUUCUGUGGUGUUUUGACUGCUUAUACUAACUUUUUUUUUAGUUAGCAUGAUACUUUCUCACUCAUUAGUUGAUUUAUUAUAAUUUUAUUAUUGAGGUUAUGUUGUUUUAACUGUAAAUUAUGACAGCAUUUUCUUUAGCAUAACCAACCAAAAGACGUUUAUAGGUAUAAAUCUAUAUCUCUUUUUAUAUAUAAUAUUUAUUUAUUGAAUCAAUCUGAUAAUAUGGAUUUAUAGUAUUAUCUUUUAACUUUGACACACUACUAAUGCAUUGGUGAUAAUUUUGUCUUU